AUGAAGGGCCAAUCGGUGAACGUUUUAUUGGCUAUUUAUGCGAUCGUGUCACGAAUCGACGCUCAACGGACGUCCACUGUCACCAGAACGACGACGACCGUAACGUUCGUCACCGUCACUUCGCGCAGCAGCGUUGUUUGCGCUAAAUUAGUGAACGUGACGGGCGUGUGCCGACGUCGUCGAGGCUUGCCGAUAGAUGAGCCCGUCAUCUUGACGUUUGAUGAUGAAUUAGAAGACUCGGUCGACCAGGCCUUUCAUCGCGUCCUUGAUCCCAAUCAGUUCAUUCCAACCACAACCCUCGGAGUUGAAGUGACACCGGUGGUCUUGUUGCCCGUCCAGACGACUGUUCAUUCAAACGAUUACUAUCAACUGCAUUCGCUGCCGGGAGCUUACAGUUCGCCCAGCACAACGGCCGUUGUGCGGCCGUCCAUCGUGAACGAACGACGCCGAAAUUCGGGCCGCAAUAAAUUGAUGAGUUCGCAACCGGACGAAGAAGAAGGCGGUGCCGAGCAGAAGAUUUACUUCGUACAAUUAGGACAAUUCUUUAAUUCGGUCCUCAAUCAGAUACGGCCUGUUACGACGACAAGAACUAUCACGAGCACGAGGACACGGACUACGACGACGACCUCGUUCACCACUGCAACUUUCUUCGUCAUGAUGUGCACGCCGAGCCCGUUCCCUUACGCUGUUUGCCCAGCUAAACGUUCGCACGAUCAUUGA